GGGUCACACUGUGUCAUGGCUCUCCUGUCGGUCCUCACUCCUUUCCUGGUGGUGGGGCUGUGCCUCGUGAUCGGCUUCAUGCUGCUACGGCCACGGGAGACAGAGGCCACUUCCCCGACCUCCUCUGCAGGGGCACCACAAGCGGACCAUAGACCGUGGGUGGACCAGGACCUCCAGGACGAUACAGAAGACAAAGGAAACGAGGACGAGGAUGGUGAUCCGGUGGACAGCAAUGAGGAGGAAGAGCAGCAUCUACAGGUGCCCUACUCAGCAUCACGUUACCCGAAGGAGUCGAUGCUGGAGAGAUCCAAGGAUUUUUACACUCUGAUGAACCGCCGGAGGACUAUUCGAUUCAUCAGUCCAGAGCCGGUGCCACGAGAAGUCAUCGACAAUGCCAUCCUCACUGCAGGUACGGCCCCUAGUGGAGCCCACACAGAGCCCUGGACGUUCGUUGUGGUGUCAGACCCAGAGACCAAGCACCAGAUCAGACGGAUUGUGGAAAAAGAAGAGGAGGUCAACUACCUUCAGAGGAUGGGGGACAAGUGGGUCAAGGAUUUGAGCAAAUUAAGGACAAACUGGAUCAAGGAAUACUUGGAUGUUGCACCAUAUCUAAUCCUCGUCUUUAAACAGAUCCACGGCAUCCUGCCAAAUGGCAACAAGUUGACACAUUACUACAAUGAAAUCAGUGUCUCCAUAUCGUGCGGCCUCCUGUUGGCUGCCUUACAGAACGUUGGUCUCGUCACCGUCACAUCGACGCCCUUGAACUGCGGCCCCCAACUGCGGCUCAUCCUCAAACGGCCGGCCAAUGAGAAGCUGUUGAUGUUACUUCCUGUCGGUUACCCUGCUUGUGACGCCACGGUGCCGGAAUUGAAACGCAAGCCUCUGGAUGAUAUUCUGGUGCACAUAUAACAAAAAUGUAUGCGGAGAAAAUGUGUUUUGCUUUGCAAGCAGCAAAGAAAUCAACAAAAUAUAUACCUAAUGUGAUUCGAAAUGUUUUAAUCGUUUUAUUUUGAAAUGCAUGAAUCAUAUUGUAUUGUCAUUUCUGCUCUCAUUGUCUGUCUCAUACCUGCAAACUCGAAAUAGUUCCUCUGUUUUGCAUGUCGGUGUAUUAUAAUUUAAUUACAUUUCUUGAAUUAAAAUUUUUAAUUGUAUUAUAUUAUGUAUAUAUAUAUAUAUAUAUAUAUAUUUACACACAUCUAUAUUACUGGAAGAUUGUCUGGCCCUGUAACCUUAAAUUAGUUUAUCCUUUUUUUGAAUACCUUGUUCUUUUGUAUUUUGUGGCUUUUGAACUAUUCAGCUAAAAUAAGUAUCAUGCGUAUUGCGCAACAGUUCACCCCAUUCCUCCUGCUGAUGGCUCAGUUUAUUCAUUCCUCUUCAAGCUGCUCAGCCAUUGGUCCUCCUUAAGCUGCUCAGCCAUUGGUCCGGUUCAGGCUGAUCAGUCAUUGGUCCUCUUCCUGUUUUAAAGUCUUUAUUCAAGAGGCAACAUUUUUAAAGAUUUUCAUGUCAGACAGCGAUGAAAAAUAUUAAGGAACAAUUCGAACACAAAUAUGCAAAAUAGACUGUAUAUAUAUAUAUAUAUAUAUUGAAAGUCAAAAGAAAGUGUAGUCUAUUUUUGACUUAUAAAUAUUAUUUAUUAUUUAAUAAUUAUAAUUUAAUAAUUAUAAAUAAAUAAGCUGAUCUGGGGGCGUCCACUUUUAAGUGACCAAUUACUUGGUCUCUAGGCCAAUCAGAUCGUUGCUGUCAAACUUUAAAGGAGCUUUCUGUUCUGCUGCCAGUUGUCGUUUCAUCUCUAACCUGAAGGCGACCCUCCUCCACCCUAGUCACCUCCAGGCAGCAACUCUGUUCUUCACCACACAACCGUCUUUAAUACACCCGCCCACUGCAAGUCAUCAUGACAUUACAAACAAACACAAAGUCAACUGCGAUCUUAACAAACUGAGAUUCCAGCAGUGCUGCCAAAACUAAAAUACAAUAUGUUUUCAGUUGUUUGUUUGAGGUUGCUUGUGUAAUUUGUAUUUGUAACUAUAACUGAGCUCAAAUGUAAUGUCCUUUCGCAUUAAAUAAAGAGUUUGAGUGAA